AUGUAGAGUAUUUAAGUCUCUUUUGCUGAUAAAUAUCCUGAUAGAGUGUACGAUAAUAAUACAUUAUACUUAGUCCAAUUUUGCUUUAAAUUACAGAUAAAUCUAAAAUUCGAUUUUCAGAUGGAUCACAACACAAAAAAUAUUUAGUUAGUAAAUCAGAUCACUUCUAUCAUUUUUUUUAAAUACUCAGAAAUUCUUUAAAAUUGUCAAAAAAAGAAGCCAUAUAUUUAUUUGUUAACAAUUCUGGAUUGAUUAAACCUGGUAAUUAAAAUUUCUUAAUUAGAAAGUCAAGUUGGAGAAAUCUAUUCUAAACAUCGAAGUAAUGAUGGUUUUUUAAGAAUAAUUUUAAGUGAAUAUGCCACCUUUGGAUGA